AUUUUUUUUAAAUUUUCUAAUGAAGUUAGGGAAGUCAAAUUGUACUUCCUCCAUUUGAUUUUUUUGCAUUAGGACCUUUCACUCCUCUGUUCUAAAAGCUACUGACAAAAAUAAGCAGAGGAGGUAUUGCAUAAGCACCACGAAGUCAUUUGCCCGAUCUGCAUUUCUCAGUGCAUGAGAUCAGCUCAGAAUAUCUGAUAUGAGAAAGCUACUGGUGCACAACUGCUGUAGCUGAUAGGAGUUACCUCUGUGAGUCAUCUGGUAGGAUGGUUCAGUGGCAAAUAUGAACAUUUGUCAAUAUUUGACAACUCUUUUGGACAUCAUGAAUAUGCUGGAAUCUAGACCACAGAGCACUUGCAAUAGCGCUUUUUAAAUUUGAAUUUAAUGUAAAUGAAAGAAAAAUAAUCAUCUGGAUCAAUUGUAGUGAUGGCUAGCAAAAGAAAAUCCACAACUCCCUGCAUGAUACCAGUAAAAACACUGGUGCUUCAGGAGACUGAACUGGACGCUGUAGAAGAUGAUCGUGAAGGAACGCAACAAGAUGCUCCUGCAGAAGGGCCAGCAGCUAGCGAUGCUGGUGCCAGUAACAGUAAUAACGGAGCUUUGUCUAAUGGGCACCGUGGUAUUGCUGAUAGUGACACUUAUAUCUGCAAGUCUUGUGACUUUGGAUCUCAAGAUGUUCAUCACUUCUUUGGGCACUUGGACUCUGAGCACUUAGACUUUAGCAAGGACCCUGCCUUUGCAUGUGUUGCGUGCAACUUUCUGGCAAAUAGCCAUGAAGGGCUCUCGCACCACAAUGCAGAGUCGCACGCUGGCGAAACGAGCUUCAUCUGGAGGGUGGCUAAGCAGGACAAUCAUACAACUGUGGAGCAAAGUCUCUGUGAGGCCGCCAGCAGCCAUGACCUUCCGGGAGAGGUCCCUGAAGAAGGGGUGGAUGGCCAGUCUGAAAUUAUCAUUACUAAAACCCCCAUCAUGAAGAUAAUGAAAGGUAAACCGGAGGCCAAAAAAAUCCACACACUGAAGGAGAAUGUGUCAAGUCAGCUGGGCAGUGAGUCGGAGGUGAAAGAUGGAGAGCAUUCAUUCCCAAACGGGUCCGUGCCAGUCAGUCAGCCCACUGCAAGUUCGACAAAAUCAUCUCAUAUAGUGAAUGGCUCCAUCAUAGGAAACAUGCCUGUUCUGCAGGCAGGUGUUGCACAACUUGUGUCACUGCAGCAGCAACCCCCGUUGCAUCAGCAGCUACCUACGUCCAAGUCUCUUCCCAAGGUGAUGAUUCCUCUGAGCAGCAUUCCAACGUACAACGCCGCCAUGGACUCCAACAGCUUCCUGAAAAACUCUUUCCACAAGUUCCCCUACCCCACCAAAGCUGAGCUCUGCUACUUGACUGUGGUGACGAAGUACCCAGAAGAGCAGCUGAAGAUCUGGUUCACUGCCCAGAGGUUGAAGCAAGGCAUCAGCUGGUCACCAGAGGAGAUCGAAGAUGCCAGGAAGAAGAUGUUCAACACCGUUAUUCAGUCCGUGCCACAACCCACCAUUACAGUUUUGAACACGCCUCUGGUUGCAAAUCCUGGGAGCGUCCCCCAUCUUAUUCAGGCAACUUUACCGGGCCACGUGGUGGGGCAGCCGGAGGGGACGGGGGGGCUGCUGGUCACGCAGCCCAUCAUGGCAAACGGGUUGAAGGGCACCAGCUCCUCCUUCACCUUGGCGGUGACUUCUGUCCCCAAGCCGCAGCCGGCAGCACAGCACAGCACGGUGAGCUCCAGCAACGCAUCGGGGGUGAAGGUGGUCAACAGCGGCCAGUCGCUGCUCACCGCCUGCCCAGCGAUCUCCUCGCAGACCUUCCUGGAUCCCAACGUCUACAAAAACAAGAAGUCCCACGAGCAGCUCUCGGCCUUGAAAGGCAGCUUCUGCAGAAACCAGUUCCCUGGGCAGGCCGAAGUCGAGCGGCUGACAAAAAUCACGGGCCUUUCCACCAAGGAGAUUCGAAAAUGGUUCAGCGAUAGGAGGUACCACUACAGGAACGUGAGAGGCGGCCGGGCCGUCUUCCCUGGAGACAGCGCUCUCGAUUCCCUGCCCGAAAUAACCCUCGACGUCUCGCCCAGAGGAGCCGAGCUGAGCCCCGCGGCGGCGGCGGCCGCGCCGGCCCCUCACCACCCGCCGCGGCGGCAGUCGUGGCACCAGGCGCCCGACUUCACGCCGACCAAGUACAAAGAGCGGGCGCCGGAGCAGCUGAAAGCCCUGGAGAGCAGUUUUGCCCAAAAUCCCCUUCCUGCGGAGGAAGAGGUGAACCGCCUGAGGGGGGAAACGAAGAUGACGCGGAGGGAGAUUGAUAGCUGGUUCUCAGAGAGGAGGAAGAAGAAGGUGGCAGAGGAAAAUAAGAAAGUGGAGGAGGCAGCUCGGCAGGAGGAGGAGGAGGCGGAAAAUGGUGGUGGGGAAGGGGAAGACUCCUCGGAUGAGCUGAGGGCCACGAGCGAAAACGGCUCAGUCGACGCCUCCGGCAACAACCCGAACUCGAUGGAGCGGAAAGUGAGUCCCAUCAAAAUCAACCUGAAGAACCUGCGAGUGACCGAGUCCAACGGCAAAAGCGAGUUACCAGGGGCUGGCACAAACGAGAAAGGGGACGGCAGCUCCAGCCGGCCACCCACCCCUCCGAAAACCAAACUGAACUUUAAAAAAACGGCCCAGCAGCGGCAUCUGCUGAAGCAAAUGUUUGUGCAGACCCAGCGGCCCACGAACCAAGAGUACGACGCCAUCGUUUCCCAGACGGGUCUGCCGCGGGCCGAGGUCAUUCGCUGGUUCGGGGACAGCCGGUACGGCUACAAGAACGGGCAGCUGAAGUGGUAUGAGAACUACAGGCGGGGGGUUUUCCCCCCGGGGCUGGUGGAGGUCAGCCCCACCGGUCGGGAGGUGCUGGAGGACUACUACGAGAAGCACAAGGGGCUGCGGGAGGAGGACCUGCCCGGCCUCUGCGAGCGCUCCCACCUCAGCGCCCAGCAGCUCAAGGUGUGGUUUGCGGUGAAGGCGGAGGAGGAGAGCAGGGGCACCGUCCCCGAGGAGGCCUGCGCCGGCGAGACGGCGGGAAGCCGGAAAGGGCCGUGCGAAGCCAGCUCGGAGGUGUCGGAGAGCAGCGAGUCGUGGGAGCCGGGUGGACGGGAAGGCGGUGCCGGGACCCCCGAUGCCCCCGGCCCGCCACCCGCCGCGCGGCUCGAGAGAACAAGCUGUUCUUCAGAGAACAAACGCAGAGAAUACGCAGCAUUGCUGUGAGUGGUUCAAGUCAUUGUUGUCUCCAAGGGAUCAGCGAGGCAGCAGCUCUUCUGCAAUCAGGAAGUUUCCCUCUUGCAGCCCUACAUGACAGAUCCUCCUGCAGCAGUGCUGGUAACUUCAAGUGUUUGCUCCAGUCUUUUUUUUUUUUUUUUUUUUUUUUAUUCCCCUUUCUCUUUUCCCCCUCCUUUUUUUUUUUUUCUUUCCAGUCCAUCUGCAAUAGUUCUGGAGAAACAGUAAAAUAAAUUUCGCAGUUAACCUUCCUGCUUCCCGGUACCUGUACAUUUUUAAUGUGCCCAUGUUGUCUUGGGUGGUUGCUGUGUGAUGCAACUACUUAAAGAUUUUUUUAAUAUUCUCUUCUAAUAGAAAACAAGGUCUAGAAGGGAAACUCUUGAGCUGAAUAGUCCAGCCAAAUGCUGUGUCAGAUCAUUCUGUCACAAACUAAUCAAAUCCCAGUUCAAAAUUGGUUCCAUGUCUUGCCUUCACUUUUGCUCUUGGAAGGCUAUUCCAGAACUUCACUGCCUUUGAAUGGUUAGAAACUUUAUUUAAAUUUCUAGUUUGAAUUAAUUCGUGGCCGGUUCAUUCCUGGUUUGUUUUGGAGCCAACAUUGUCCUUUAACUUAAAUAGGUUUUGGUGUUUAUCCGCUGAUGUAUUUAUGGAGAGUAGUCAUAGCUCCUUAUUUUUGCCAAGCUAACUCAGCCAAGCUUUUUCAGUAGAAGGUUUUUAUUUAGUGAGAGCUUUUAAUGUGGGAGACUUUAUUGUUGGUGGUAAAUGAUAUUUAUUAGAAGGGUGGGUAGCAAGCCCCAAAGGAUCAGAUCCAGAGAUUUACAAAAAAAUCUGGUUUAAAAACGAAAAAGCUCUUUCAGAACCUCUUCCAAAGAUGGUGUCUGAUUUCUACCUUUAAUUGCCCUUGCUUUUCCAGUUCGUUCUUUGUCUCUUCUUUAAGAGGCUGCCUUGCUCAACUACUAGGAGGGAUUUUGUCUGCUCAGUGCUUUGCAAGAGAGAGGGCUUCCUCUCGCCUGGCGGUAUGUGCCUACGUGGUGGGUGCCUGCGCCUGAGCUCACGUAGCUCCCCUGGCACAUGGUGCAACCCCUGCGGCCAAGCCUGAGCAUCUGCUUCAGAAGGAGAUGACCUGCGCCCUAAAGAGAGCCAGGGCGACGCGCUCAGAUGCAGACACCCUCACUGCAACCAUCUCUUAGCAGUCAGAGGAACCCUCCCCAAAAUGCUGCGAGCAGGGGUGGAGUCGACCCCAAGCACCCUGCUGUGACACCAGGCUCCCUAAAUGUCUUUCUCUUUAGAAGCACUAUUGCUGGUCAUGCCGUGGUCGGAGGCAUAACUGGCAGCCGUCCCACCUUGGGCUUGUGUUGGCUCAGCCGGGCAGCAUCCCUGUGGCUCUCCUCUGGGAGAGCAGGGGCGGCUGCACUGCGAAGACAGCCAGAGCCCCGGUGGUUCACCCUCGCGGGUGCAAUCCUGCACACCCCAAAAUGUCACAGGUGACGGGAGAAUCUGGGUGGUCCUAGAGCUGGAGGGAACAGAUCUGGGAGUCGUGCGGCCCGAGAGUAUGAGUGUAUGUACAGUGUUACCUUCAGAGAACAAAUACAGGUAGGUCAAUUUACUCUCUAGUGUCUAUGUACAUGCAGGUUUAUUUAAGUACACAUAUAUACAGUUCAGAUAUGCCAUUGAUUCUUUAUUUCAUUAAGAUGUACAUUAAAAAUGUACACUUUUACUAACUACUUGCUAUAUAAAUAUGUUGGAAGUGUAGUUUGCCCAUUCAAGGUGAUUUUCUGUGGGAUUUUUGGUGUACACUUAAAGGCCUAUGGCUAAUUGGAAGAGUGAUCCCCGCUCCAUCUACAGAAAUGCUUAAGGACUAUGGUAUGAACUGGUCCCUUCGAACCAUUUUUCCAUGCACUAGCUGAAAUUUUUUGCACUUGGAUUGUAUUUGGCCAGUUUUCCAGAAAAAUUGAAAAGAGAAGUCUUGUGAGCUGGAGGGAGAAUUUCCCGGUGUACACAGAAAAAACAGCCUUGAGGGUUGGAAGCUGCUGAGGUUUUUGAGCUUUGUCUCCGUGCAUUCAUACAAGCACAGCAGGAGUUUUCUUUCUUUUGGGUCGGAGGAAUUUUAAAAAGUGGUUCCAUGCAGACUCCCCUCAGAUGCGGCAAUGGGGCUGGCAAGCCCCAUUGCUUGGGGAGGGUAAGAUUUAGAGACAAAAAAAAAAACCCCAAAGUAAUCGAGUUCCCUUUCUAACUCUUACAUUCCUUGUUAUCUGCAUUUUUUAGUUGACUUGAAAUCUCCAUGAAAGUAUAAGCUGAAGAUUUUUGAGGGUUUAGCUCUGUGGUCCUCUGUUUCCCUAUUGUAUCAUUUUUGAAGCUGAGGAGAGGCAGGUGUCAUCUCCAAAUAGACUCAGGUUUUGGUGCAGGACAUUAGAAAUGUGUUUGCAUCUGAAACUGAAAGGAAAAACUGAGAGGUGGCUUGACAGUCCCAGCAGCAGCUCUUCUGGUGUUAAGAGGAAGUGUCACCACAAUUCUACAGUGUGUGAAUAUUUAUCAUCAUCUAAUCAAAGAUGACUUAUCUUGACUUGAAAGGAGGGGUGUAAGAUAGAGGUUGUGUAGCCAGCAUCAGUAAGGAAGGGGAAUUAAAUUCUUCACCUCCAUCCGCUGUGUGUGAGCUUGGGCUUGACAGGCACAGUAGUAACCAUCAUUUUUAAUCCAUGUGAAUCUUGUUACUUAUGUCUCUGAGACGGCUUAGAUUAAGGGCACAAUCCAAUUGCUUAAUAACCCGAAACCCUGAUUUGUGCCGUACCUGGCUUGCUCAUGUAAAGGGCUGCUGGUCCUCCUCAUGCAAGGAACGGAGUUACUUUAUUCAUUAUCAGCAGGCCCUGCUGUGAGAUUUCUAGACAUGGCUCUGUGUUUCAUUUGGGUAGCUUUUUUUUCAGCUCCUUAAUUAGCAUCCUGGAAAUCAUUCCUUUUUCAUAUUUUUUCAUAUUUUUUUGGCAGAACACUAAACAAACCAUGAUUUACAGGCUCCUAUUUCAACUUGCCUGAGAGCUGAGCACUGCUGCACAUCAGGCCCACAGCCAUGGUGAGAGGAAUGGGCACAGGUGCUUGCUUCGAUGCAUGGCAUGCAGGGGUCAGCGUAUGCCCACAGGGCUCCGGCUGCAGGUAUUAGUGCAGCUGCAUGUCCCCUCCCUGCCAGGGGUUUGCAUUGAUCACCACCAGAAGCCACCAGCAAAAGCAGUAGCUUGCUGGUAGCUGUGACGAGAAAUCCUGUAGUCAGCCCACAGCUGAACGCAGAACCUUAAGCUGCCCAGGUGACACUUGCACAGAAGCUGGAGCUGCAAGAUACCUGCUUGGUUAAUUUUUGCUAGGUGUCCCCUGUCUGUUCAGGAGGAAAAAGAGGAUGUAGAAGGCUGGUUUUCCAGUUGGGGUUUUGUUUUGUUUUGUUGUUGUUUUAAAUGAAAAGCAACAAUUUUUGGUCACGGGUAGAUGUAUUGUAUUCUGCUUUCCCUGCAGCCCGUCUCUUAAAGACAUUAUAGAGGCAACCUGAUCAGAAGGUGAUGUUUGGAAGCUGCGAUGCUGGGAAUCAGAAGAGAAAAAUGAUUUUCAGCACUUAGGCACAAAUUAGAAAGUUAACAUGAUACUGCACCUUCCUGUCAAGUUGAUGAUAGUAUUUAAAAUGCUUAUAAACUUCUCUCUCCUGUUGCCCAGAUAAUUUUGGCUUCGCUCUUUUCAAAUCAACCAGUGGCCUGAUGUGAUUCAGCUCACUGCAGUAACCUCUGUUGUAGUUUCUCAGUUGAUCACAAAAGCAGCAGGGUAAGAUGAGGCAACACUACAAACGGAGGGGGGGAUGAGAAACUUGCAAGCUAUACCUUUUUUUUUUUUUUUUUCCUUUCUUUCAAGUUUAGUUUCUGCUGUAUAUUUUACUGGCAGUGGUCCCUGCCAGGAAUGCUGGAUUGGCAUUACAAAACUUUAGAGCAGAGCAAGGGAGCUCUGUUACCUAAGCAGUGAUUUAUGUUAUUUUUUUGUUUUGUUUUCUUGUUAUUGCCUGUUCCAGUAAAGAGUGCUCUGUUGGCUGAUGCUGGCCAUAUUUUGAUGGCACAGUUAAAGCCACUUUUUUCCUGUACUGAUCAAGGGUGGUAUUAGGAGGACUCUUUCUUACUGGUGCUAGCGAAGGUUGGGCUAGGAAUCCAUGGCAUAGAAAACUUCUUGCUAAAAUUGCACUUUCUCUCUGCCCCAUCUGGCUCCUGGUGGUGUUAUGGGUACGUGGCUGUGAUUCCCCUUGCACAUACUAACAUUGCACUAAAAGAGAGACUUUGGGAACAGUGUGUUGAUCACUUUGUUUCUCAGCAGACCACAAAGUCAGCCUAAUGGGGGUCUCUUUUUUUUUUUUUUUUUUUAAUUAUUGUUAUUUAGAAAUCAUGCUGGUGCUGAAUGACCUGGAAUUUUUGCUUGGAUUUAUCCAAAGGAAAAUGUAAUUGUAGCUGCAACGGGACCUUUCAUAAGGGUGGCCUUGCAGCUAGGGAGCAGAGCAAGGGCUCUGCUGUGUAAACCGUCUUUGUACCGGGGAGGUGUGGGGGGUUCCAGUGGGGUUAUUAUUGUGUUUUUUUUUUAAGACCACAAUUUUAGAUGGUCACCUUGGCAAUCGUGUGAGACAGGAAAUAGUUUUUACUUUUGGUAAAGGUUUUAAAGAGAAAAAAAGUGAAGCUGCCUGUGGUUGUGGGCUGUGGCUAUUACUAGGGCUAGGGUAGCUUGUACCUGCUAUGGACUUUACCUGCUCUUAUUCUGAGGGCAAGAACUCCCUGUAGCAACAAUGCCACUUCUGAGAAGUGAACGGCAAGUUUCCCUUCCUUUUGUAUAUGUGGAUGUGAGGGUGGGCGAGGGGAAGAGCUUGCUUGUACAGUUUGUUGAAAUGAAACCAGACAUUUUUGGUUGUUCCUAAAUAAAGAGCGUAAAAGACGAA